GUGAGCUGCCUAUUAAAAAUUUUAUUCCCAUCUACACAACCAGUCAGAUGCCUUUUCUGUGGCUGUAAAGGAUCGCUGGCAAGUACACAGGACAAGCCACAUAUGACACAUUUCGGGCCCAUGGGCUACGAUGUACGUCUGGGACGAUCUGGUCGCAUAUCGAAGGGCGCGGAACAGCUUUUCGGGGAAGGUGUAUGGGAUACUGCUCUUUUGGCUGAUUCUGGCCUUCCUCCAAUGGAUGGUAGUCUCUCUUGUGGAAGAUGCACGGAGAAUUUUCCGGGAAUACUUUUACAUUUGCUUGAUAGCCUUUGGCCUGGCCGUCUUCAUAUUUGCUGCCUUUAUAUUUGCUGAUGCACUGCGAUAUAUGCAGGCUCUAAACGCAGUCAUAUCGCUGAUUAUCGUUGAACUUCAGAUCAUAGCAACGUUUAUGCUGGUCGUCUUCAGCUGGUGGGCGGAUGUUUUGGUCUUUUUUCUCAUAGCUGUAGUGCUGGUAUUUUUAUUCCUGCUUAUUGGAAUAUUUUUGCCACGAAGGGUGGAUCUCACACUGGACAUAGCUGUGCUCUUUAUCAUUGCCUUUAUUUUCCUAAUUAUCGCCGUGUUUUCACUGGCAAUCCUGAUGUCCUUAUGGUUGCCAAAGUGGCUUUUUUAUUUAGUGGUUGAAUUAGCCGUAACCCUAACAGUCCUGCUGUUUGUGAUAUACCACGCCCAAACCAUCCAUGGGAAUCGGUUUGCAGAGAUGCGCCUGAAUGAUUUCUUUCUGGGAUCCCUGAUAUUAUUCCACGACUUUCUCAUCAUUUUCUGGCUAACAUUUUACUGGCAAAUCCGUUAUAGACCCGUUACGGCGGAUAACUGGGUGGCGUCCUCGAAGCCCUUCAUUAGCGAUCAAGAUUGGCCGACGACUCCCGUUCCCAAAGCCUGGAAGCAGUGGUCAGGAGAUGAUUUAACACAGCCAUCCUGGGACGAAGGCAAAGGCGCUGGCGAGGAAUAUACCUAUGAGCCGGAUAAUGCCAACAACUUGAAGGAGUUUAAGCACAAGAACAAGGCUCAGCAAAAUCCGAAUAUUGACAGUCGAAGUCAGAUCCCCAAUAGGAAAAAACAGAAAAAGAAAAAAAAGAUCAAGGCAAGGCCAACUACAAUGGAUUGGUCCGUUUUCCCGGCAUUUACUGAAUCAAGCCAUUAUGCUGAACAGCAAAUCCGAGAGCCUGUCCCAUCGGAGGGCGAGGCCAGGCAUCCUGGCGUCCUGUACAAGGUUAAACCGAUUGACGGCCGCGAAUUCCCCGAGAUGGAACAACCCGAUUUAAAUAAGGAUAAGCCGGUUGGAUUCGACAGUGUAUAUGGGGAGGCCAAAGGAAAACCGAAAGUUGUGUUUGGAAAUCCACCUAUCGGUUUUCCUUUGGCCGAUCGCCUGGAAGCACUCGAUCCUGACAAUAAUGAAUGGGAGGUAGUAGGAGAGGAGGAGCAAGUCAAUAAAUUCGGGCAUUUCGUAGACGAAGCGGAGCAAUUAGAAAAAAUGCGUCAAGAAAACAAAACUACAUUCAAGAGACCACAAUUUUUGGGCGAUGAAAUGCAGGGACUGAAUGGAGACAUGCAAAUACCAGAGUGGGAGGUCCUUACCCAGGAGGAACUAAGAAAUCUAUCGGAUACACAUGUACCUUCAGGAAGGGAGGAGGAUAUAGCCGAGCCACUGACUACAAGACCGUUCUACGAUCCAACGGACCAGCCAGAGUUUCUGAAACUGGUAAUGAAUGACACCACUGUCAAUCCUCUAGCCGAGCCACUAACUCCAUCAAUGUUCGACGAAGAUUACGACAUUCUAUCGAGCCAGCCAGAAUAUCUGGAACUUGAAUUGAAUGACACUACUGUUGACAAAAUGAGAUUUUAAAGACGCUGACAAAUAUAUAUAUAUUAUGCAUUAUUUGGCCAACCAUAA